UUGUUAUUCAAGCUUGUAACCGUUGAGGAGCAGAAGUUCAUCAGGGAAGAGUUAUAUAACACUGGAAUCUUAAUUGUCUGGGAUCCAGCACCAUAUCAUGCGGAAAUUCAUGAGUGGUACAGAAAACCAGACUACAAGUUUUUUGAAAGCUAUAAAUUGUAUCGUAGUACACAUCCAGAGCAGCCUUUCUAUAUCCUGAAUCCAAAAAUGCAGUGGCAGCUCUGGGAUAUUCUGCAGGAGAAUUCCCUGGAGCAUAUUCAGCCUAAUCCACCAUCGUCAGGAAUGCUUGGCAUCGUGAUCAUGAUGACGCUCUGUGAUGAAGUCCACGUGUACGAGUUUCUCCCUUCCAAACGGCAGACGGACAUUUGCCACUACUACCAGAAGUUUCACGACCGUGCCUGUACCAUGGGAGCUUACCACCCCCUCCUGUUUGAGAAAAACUUGGUGAAGCAUCUAAACCAGGGCACAGAUGAGGACAUCUAUAUUCGUGGGAAAGUCACUUUGCCCGGCUUCCGAAACGUGCAUUGCUAGCCAAUCAGUUUUCAGCGUGUUUAGGAAUUUUUCUGGACUGUCAAAGCACUUUUUAAAUCAGGGUUGUCAGAUUUUUUUUUUUUUUAAGGUCUAAGCACUGGUGUGUUUUGACAGCUCUUCCAUGUCG